UACAACUUAAUUACUUGUAGACGCAUAAAUCAACACCUAAUUAACUAGCACACUAGUUGUGAUUUUUUUCAACAUUUGUGCUGAUUCUGAUCGGCAACUAUCAGCAUCGGCCCUACAAGCCCCCCAUAGUGAUAUGCAUAGCAUAUACGCUUGACUACGUGGGAAAAUACAGAGAUAAUCACCCACUCAAAACCGCAAAACUAUUAAGCAAUCUAACGCCGAGAUGGAUUCCCCAACUCUAUCUGUUUCCAAGUCGCAUCAGAUAAGAUUAGUCAUUAUUCAGUGACCUUUGAAGAUGGAAGCAGCCUCGUCGAACGGUAUCCAGUUUCGGCAAGCGAUCUCAACCGAUAGGGAAGCGUUGCGUGAAGCUUUGGCGAAGUUCUUCUACCCGGAGGAACCUUUAACGGUUGGUUACUAUCGGGGUAGUGAUGUCACCGAUGACGAUAUGGAGUUCUCGUUGUCCCUCAUCGAGGAGGGGUUCGUUUGGUUGGGCGUGGAGGAGAAGAGCGGACGAAUCGUUGCACUAUCCGGAGGAGCCUUUAGCGAACCUGAUGAAGCGCAGCAGCUGAUAGAUUUUGCUGGGCGAACUGAGAGCAAGAAGUUUGCGGAUAUUUUACGGUUGUUGGGGCGCUUAGCUCUCGAGGUGGACGUUUUCAAUCGCUUUGGGGUGAGCAAAGUGUAUCACUUGCAUUACUUGGCCGUUGACUCUCGAUUGCGAGGACGAUCGCUUGGAAGGAUACUGAUGGGGAAGCAGUUUGAACACGCUAGGGAAUGUGGUGCAAAGGUACUUUGCGCGGAUGUCACUGGCUUCUAUUCAGCGAAGCUGUUUGAGUCCUUGGGAUUGCAGUGCGUUAAAUCCAUAGAUUACAAGAAAUACUUCGACGAGGAUGGCCAGCAGAUGUUUUUAGUUGAGGAACCACACGUGUGUAUCAAAGGUAUGGUGAAGAUAUUGGAAUAAUAAGUUUUGAAACAGUGUGGAACUUGCUUUUCAAACUUGAAUCUAUGCUGAUAUGAAAGAAACCCGACGAUUGUGUUACAAGAUACAAGAUAUCCGAAUGCCAGUUCAAAUAGCUUAUCCCGGUUUUAAUCCGAAACGU